CGGAGCGUGUGCGGAGGGCGCAGCGUUUCCCACCGUCAACGGAUCCUUCCGAACCGAGCGCGGGGCCAGGGCAGCAGAGAGCGGGGCCGCGACGCGGGCGGUUGGGCAGCUCAACGCCCGCCGCAGCCGGGAUGGAAGCUGGGCCUUGAAGGGGAAUUGUAAGAAGGCUCAAGUCAUACUACAAUAGAGCGAUGGAGACCAAAAAACAGACUGUGAGUGCUGCGAACCAAGACUCCGACCAGCAGAGCCGAGGAAAGGACAACACGGACGCCAAGGUGACCGCAUCUCUGGUGUUCGCCAUAACCGUUGCCACGAUUGGCUCCUUCCAGUUUGGCUACAACACUGGAGUCAUCAAUGCUCCUGAGAUGAUCAUAAAGGACUUUCUUAACUACACUUUGGAAGAGAGGUUAGAAGACCACCCGAGCAAAGAACUGCUCACGACCCUCUGGUCCUUGUGUGUGGCCAUCUUCUCCGUCGGUGGCAUGAUUGGCUCCUUUUCUGUUGGACUCUUUGUGAACCGUUUUGGCAGGCGCAAUUCAAUGCUUAUAGUCAACCUAUUGGCCAUCACUGGUGGCUGCCUUAUGGGGUUCGCCAAGAUAGCCGAGUCAGUUGAAAUGCUGAUCCUGGGCCGCUUGGUCAUCGGCAUCUUCUGUGGACUCUGCACAGGUUUUGUGCCCAUGUAUAUUGGAGAAGUGUCUCCUACUGCUCUGCGGGGGGCCUUUGGCACUCUCAACCAGCUGGGCAUCGUCAUUGGGAUUCUGGUAGCUCAGGUCUUUGGUCUGAACUUCAUCUUGGGCUCUGAAGAGCUGUGGCCUGGGCUACUGGGCUUAACCAUCAUUCCAGCCAUUCUACAAAGUGCAGCCCUUCCGUUUUGCCCUGAAAGUCCUAGAUUCUUGCUCAUUAACAGGAGGGAAGAGGAUCGUGCUAAGGAGAUCCUCCAGCGGUUGUGGGGUACCCAGGAUGUGGCCCAGGACAUCCAGGAAAUGAAGGACGAGAGCACCAGGAUGGCACAGGAAAAGCAAGUCACAGUGCUGGAGCUCUUCAAGUCGCCCAACUACCACCAGCCCCUCCUCAUCUCCAUCGUGCUCCAGCUCUCCCAGCAGCUCUCUGGGAUCAAUGCCGUGUUCUACUACUCAACAGGAAUCUUCAAGGAUGCAGGUGUCCAGGAGCCUAUCUAUGCCACGAUUGGAGCGGGUGUGGUUAAUACCUUCUUCACUGUAGUUUCUCUGUUUCUGGUAGAAAGGGCAGGAAGGAGAACUCUGCACAUGAUAGGCCUUGGAGGCAUGGCUGUUUGUUCUGUCCUCAUGACGGUUUCUUUGGUACUGAAGGAUGAAUAUGAAGCGAUGAGCUUUGUCUGCAUUGCGGCUAUCUUGGUCUAUGUGGCCUUCUUUGAGAUUGGACCAGGCCCCAUUCCCUGGUUUAUUGUGGCCGAACUCUUCAGCCAGGGCCCCCGGCCAGCUGCGAUGGCGGUAGCUGGGUGUUCUAACUGGACCUCCAACUUUCUGGUUGGAAUGCUCUUCCCUUCAGCUGCAGACCGUUUAGGAGCCUACGUUUUUAUUGUCUUUGCUGUCUUCCUCGUGAUCUUCCUGAUCUUCACCUUCUUCAAAGUCCCUGAGACCCGAGGCAGGACUUUCGAGGAUAUCACACGGGCCUUUGAAGGGCAGGCUCAGGUUGGGAAAGGCCCUGGGAUGGAGAUGAACACUGUCAAGGAGUCCCCUGGCAACGCCUGAGUGGACCUCCUUCCACCUCCCUCCUAACAUGGAAAGCAACCUCCCCACCCCCCAGGCGGGGAGACCUCAUCAGGAUGAACCACGACUGCUUCUGAACGCUGCUACUUGAUCCCUCCUCACCCCACACACUCCACAAACACUCAGAUGAACCCAAUGCUGGGGUUAGUCGGAUCGUCAAUGGCUUUUUAAAUAUUUCAUGUCUUGGACAUUCUCUUCUGAUCAAGAGAGACCAAGUAAACCUACCUUCAUUUCAGGAGGGAUUGGCUACCUAGUGUAUGACAACUCUGCCAGCUCUUCCUCCCUAAGGUUCUAAGAUCCCUUCACUAGGACACACAAGGGAGGAGGAGCAGUGUGUAGUCCCCAGCCUCAGCUUGCCAGCAAACAUCUAUAUACCCAGUGUGGAGGGCAGUGGGUUAUUUAACGAGCGCCUUCCUCACUCCACAGUUCUGCAGAGCAAAGUAACUUGAGUUUUAUUUAUUUUAUCUUCAGGUUUUAUUGCAUAAAUAUUUAUUUUUUUAAGUAUAAUUCUACCAAAUAAUGAAAGAGUAAGGAAAUUGAGGUUGGAGGGAGGUGUUUAAAGAAGUUGAGUAAAAAAGGUUGGUAAUAGAAUUGAGGGAGAAAUGUUUGUUACUGGUGGGCCUAUGAGCUAGUUAGUGCCUCUUGAUGAUUUCUGUUUUGGACAAAAGCUCUUCGCUGUUAUUUCUCAGAAGAGUGUGUGCCUAUAUAAAAAGCUCAUGGUUUCCUUUGGACCUUUUCUUUUAAGAUUAUAGUUUUUGAUGUAGUGUUACUUGAAAUCUAAGGUUAUUGCUAAGGUAGGCACUAUAGUGGUGUUGGGUUUUCCUUUUGGUUGGAGUCCAAAGAAGGGAAAGCUAUUUACAGAAAGCCUUUCCUCUUCCCUGGCCCAAAAAGUUUCCCUUUCUAGUGGACUCACUUUUUUGAAAAAAAACCUAACUCUAGUUACUCAUCUAGUAGAAAAGCCAUAUGAAUGAGAAACCUAAAAACAGUGGUUCUUGGUAGAGGUUUAUUAUUUUUCCAUUUUGUUUUUUAAUAGAUUGUAUUGAUUUUUGUUUAACUUGUAGGUUUAAAGGAAUUCAGGGAAGAAUGUUCAUAGCUAAGUUGGACUUUGUUACCUCAGCCCUUGGAGAGGAUUUUUCCUGAACGAUUAUUACCUAGUUUGAAUAUAUUGUUGCUCUGGGGUGAUGGCAUGCUUGUCUGUGCCCCUUAGGUCUCAAGCUUCCCUUGUCACCAUGCUACUGUGAUGUGUGCUCAGUGCCCAGAGGGGCUGUGACUCUGCUAAACACAGUGGUAUUGUGAGUAGAUGUGCAGUGUGGCCCAUGCUUGAAGAUAUGAAUGUACGCGCAGUCACUUUGCUCUGGGUAGAAGUCCUUCUGGUGACUUGUUUCCUUUGUUACUGUAGCUUUCUUUGAAUGUUUUCAAAAUUCCCUGCCUACAUAAGCAACACUGCCUCUGCUCGGUAGAGUAUGCACCCAGGAUUUAGAUUCAGUGCUUCCUGCAUGGUGAGGUUGGCAGGGAGGGCUCAGCCUCACUCCAGCUGGGAGAGAAAGACAAUGGAGAAAAGAGCUUGGGGAGAGGGAGGCCUUCCUUCAAGAGAAUAGGAAACAAAUGGCAUCUCACUGUUAGAGGAAGUGGCAAGGUACACUCCUGCUAUAGGUCACGGAACUUCCACAACCAGCCCCGCUCAUUCUCCAAUUCUUUUCUAAAUGGAGACUACCCCAGUGACCCCCAUGAUGAUCUAUUCCCUUUCCCAUAGGUUGUGGGAUCCCACCAUCCCUCAUUGGUGCUUACAUAUUUCAGACCCUUUAGGUAAACCCAUGCAUAUAACAGUAUUCCAGUAGUCCGUUAGCACUGCUCCUGUGGUCAAAGAGCCUUUGGAUAGAACUCACAGAGCUGUGCAGAGGGGUGUUGCUGGGAAAGAAGACUCCUCCAACUUACCUACUCUGCUCCUCAGUGAGUUGGCAGUAAUGCAGGGUGGAAUUUUUUCCAUUUCUCAGUGACCGAGUUGUGAAUAUUCACAUAGACUUUAUUAAUGUUACUGUAGUUUUUUGUUUUGAAAUAAAAAUUCUAAAUGUG